CCAUUCCAUCUGAACUUUGUUGUCCGUCUCUCUCUUUCCUUCCUUCCUCUUUUCUGUUUAUCCGCAUUACUUGCACUUUGCAGGGCCUGGUAGUGCCUGUUCCGUUCACUUCUCUUGUUUAUUCUUUGUCCAUCGUGCCUUUGUAAGGCCGUUUAGGUUUUUGUAAUCAUGGUGUUGAGCAAGAGGUACUGUGUCGAGUAUGUCGAUGGGACGAUUGAGUGCUUUCGCGAUGGGUUUUGGUACUCGACGACGGGCGUAAUAGUCAAGUGGUCGAUCCUCGCUGGCUUCUUCCUCUUCUUCAUGGGAUGGUUUGUAGGCGGCUACCUGCAUGCGAAGAGCCGGAUGAAGAAGGGCAAGCCACUGCUGGCAUACCACCGAUGGCUCGUAUCCUACAGCGAAAGGAAGAAACACGGCCAAGUCCCCCAAAAUCACUUCACCUUCUACGCCACGCAACCCUACGGACAACAGCCACAGCAGCCCUACGGCCCACGACCAGACGGGACCUGGCCCGAGCCGCCGCCCAUGUACAACAACGAUGCCCCGCCUGGCUACAUUCCCCCGCCCGGCGCUACGAAAAUGAACCCGAACCAGAAUGGGAAUGCCAUGGAGAUGCCGCAGUAUGGCUUCGCGCCGCAACAGACGGGCGGCUAUCCGAUGGGCCAGCAGCAGACAGGCGUGAUGGGAGGUAGCGGAGACCCAGAGGCCCAACAGCAGACACCACAGCAGCUGCCCCCUCGGCCGCAGCAGGCGAAGAUGGCGAUUACAAACUUUGUGUCCCGGUUCAGGCGAUGAUGCGUGAUUGCACGAGAAGGGCGGGCGAAGAGAGGAUGAAAAGAAACAUAGCGGGCGCAAUUAUUGGAUGUGAUGGGUAUUUAGCUUCACGGAAUGCAUGACUGGAUCAUGCCC